AUGAGGUCGCACUCUUCCAUCUUGGUCCCAUCCCCGACCAUAGACGCUCGCUCCACCUCGAUCCCGACUGGACAUAUUCCUCGCCGGCGCAAAAACAUGGGGUGGAAUCCAGAUACAGAUGCUUUAGCGCAGAUUUUAGGAUUAUUACGCGAGUCACAAUCCCCGGACACAAUUGUGCAACAAACAGUGCAACAGAAACUAGAAGAACUCAACAAAUUCACAGACUUCAACAAAUACCUUAUAUAUGUCCUCACAAAACUAACAUCCGAAGAUGAACCUACAAGAUCCCUAAGUGGGCUUAUUUUGAAGAAUAAUGUCAAGGCACACUUUCAUCAGUUUCCCCCUGAUGUGGCACAGUUUAUUAAGGCAGAAUGUCUAUCAGCAGUCGGGGACCCCUCGCCCCUCAUCCGAGCGACUGUGGGCAUCCUCAUCACCACCACUGCAUCGAAGGGAGAGCUUUCCUCUUGGCCGGAGCUCCUCCCUAGACUCUGUGAAAUGCUGGACUCGGCAGAUUAUAAUGUCUGUGAGGUGAGUACAAUGACUGCUCUCUGUGGAGUUCCCUGUGUUGUCAUACACGACUUAAUAUUUGGUCGUCCCAGAGUCCAGCGAGGUGGCUGCUGA